AUUUCGUUUAACUUAUACGUAGGAUCAUUUUAAUAAGAAGAUGGUGAUGAACCUCAAGUACAUUGAUCCAACAUACAUGAUUCGAGCUGUUCCUAGCAAUGCGUCAGACAAUGUUUAUUGUACACUUCUGGCUCAGAGUGCAGUGCACGGUGCAAUGGCUGGAUACACUGGCUAUAUUAGUGGUCUAGUGAACGGAAGACAAACCUACAUUCCCUUCUAUAGAAUAACAGAGACACAGAACCAUGUGGUGAUCACAGACAGGAUGUGGGCGAGGCUACUCUCUUCGACGAACCAGCCAAGCUUCUUGGGCCCAAAAGAUGUCUCUGAUAACAAAGAGAAACCGAUGUCGGCUCUUCUGGACGAUGGCAACUGCAAUGGCACGGUUGAUGUUCCUCCAGUCACCAAAGAGAUCACAAAGUGACACUGAACUGAACAUACAGAACUACAACAUAUGUUUUUUGUUUGGCGUUUUCAAAUGAUGUCCCAUGUCUUAGGAAGUAGAGUAAAAUAAAUUGAGGAUUUUACCCUUUUAGUUUUGUUGGAUGCCUCAUAUUGUAAAUAAAUAAAUAUACAUAUUUUUUCCAUUCAUCCUAUUUUACAUUAUACCUAUGUAAAUUUAAUAAUUAUUUUUUGUUAUAAUUAA